ACCUUUAAACUAAAGUUCUGCUGGAUUCUUCUCACCUGGAUCUUGUCCCAUUGCAUUGGUUUCUGAGUAGUGGGGGUUGAUACAUUGUAUUCAGGUGUAACCAGAGAAGGCUGCUCGCAGGUUUCGUCCUUGUUUGUGAUUGAGGGAGGUACCUGUCGGACCGGUCUGACCUGGUGAAGGAAGGAGGGGUAGGAAGUGAUUAAGGUGAGCCCUCCUGGGUUCUGUGGAAGGUAAAAAGAACAGAUCACGCAAGGAGUUCCAAGACUCUACAGCUUCAAGAUGACGACCUCUCCUCUGUUUAGGCUGGGGGCAGCCCUGGUGUGCUGUAUCCUUAUUUCACAAGCCCUGGGCCAAGAUUGCUCGUGUAAUUUCCAUGUUAAAGGGGACUGUAAAGCAAAUAACAAUGCUUGCGAGUGUCGUCUUCCGAUCGGUCCUGAUAUGGUGCCCAUAAACUGCUCACAACCAAUUCCAAAAUGCUUCCUAAUGAAGAGAGAAAGUAAUCCUGGAAAGGCUGGUAGAAGACCAAAGCCAGAGAAUGCACUAGUAGAUAAUGAUGGUUUGUACAACCCUGACUGUGAAGAUAAUGGCGUCUUCAAGGCCAGGCAGUGCAACAAUACCGAAACCUGCUGGUGUGUUAAUUCUGCCGGUGUCAGAAGAACUGACAAGGGAGAUAAAAACUGGAAAUGCACAGAGCUGGUCAGGACUUUCUGGGUGAUUGUUCAAUUAACACGUAAUAAUACAGAUAGCAUACCAGAGGCAGACUUGAAAAAUGCUAUAAAAGACACCAUAACAAACAGAUAUAAGCUGCUCUUAAAAUUCAUCAAUAAUAUUGAGUUUGAAGGACCUCUGAUCUACAUAGAUUUGAAACAAAAUUUCACAGAGAAGACACCUAAUGAUGUUGACAUAGUUGAUGUUGCUUAUUACAUGGAAAAAGAUGUAAAAGGCGACCCCAUCAUUCCUCUGAAUAACCCCUUCCAAAUUCUUGUCAAUGGCAAAAAUGUUCCUGUUAAAGAACCCUUAAUAUUCUACAUCGAUGAGAAACCACAUGAAAUUUCUAUGAAGCGUUUAACUGCUGGCCUUAUUGCAGUCAUUGUGGUGGUUGUAGUGGCGAUUGUUGCUGGUAUUGUUGUACUGAUUCUUACAAGAAGAAAGAAGGGAAGAUAUGAGAAAGCCGAGGUGAAAGAAAUGAAUGAAAUGCAAAAACAACUGACAUCGUAGAAUACUCAAAUUACUGUAGAUGAUACAUUGUUGGGAUUGUUGCAACUCAAGCUUUCUCAUCAAUCAAGUUUAAACAAUCCUGUGUACAAUUUUCAUAGUUCGUAUUCAUUGUGUUUUUUUUAUAGAGUUGUGUAUAUAUUUCUGUAAACCACUUCAUUGCAAAGGGACACUUUUUUAUUUUCCCAAUUUAAGUUGGAUUAUUUUUUUUUUUUUGCAUCAACAAAUCUUAACAGAUGGGGUUUUUAACUUUUUUUGUAUAUAUUCUGAAAUGUUGUGGUUUUUAAUGUCAAACUGCGAAUUCAAUAAAAGUGUAAAGAUUA